AUGGGAGAUUUUGAGGAGCUUUUUGGAAGUUGCUUGAGCUAUUUCUUUUUGAGAUGUUGGAUAUUGCAUUCGGACUGGCAAUCUGGGUUGGGGUGCUUUGAGAAAAUCCAGGCACCAGUGCUAGUUCUCAAGAAUUCUCUGAAACGCGAGACUGGAAGUAAAAUGCAGCAUGCUAAUAUCCAAGCCUCAAGGGUUGUUGCUGCCAUAAUAUGUACUACCUUGGGUCCGCAAUCUCUGUUGAAGAUGUUACUUGAUGCUGGUGAAGGAUUUGCAGUGACUAAUGAUGGAAAUGUUAUUCUCCAAGAAUUAGAUCUUGCACACCCUACAGCAAAAUCAAUGGUUGAGCUAAACCGCACACAAGAUGAGUAA